CAGCGAGUCCCACUCCCACACGAGACGACAAACCAACCAGGGAGCGAAUCAUGCGUUCCCCUGCCUGUCUCCUCGCCCUCGUCGCCGCCCUCCUCCUUGUUCUCUGCCUUCCGGCCCCCGCCGUCGCCGGCCGCCCUCUCGUCGCCCCCCGCAAGCCCGCCCCGGCCGAGGCCGCGGCCACCGCGAGGUGGCUCGCCGCGCAGAACACCUGGGGCGUCCUCAGCACAAUAUCAAGUGAUCUAGGUGGUUCUCCUUUUGGCAAUGUAGUAUCAUACAGUGAUGGAGUGCCAGGUGAGAGCCAUGGAAUCCCCUACUUCUAUCUGACUACUCUGGAUCCCACUGCAAGAGAUGCAUUGAAGGAUGAGAGGACUUCCUUUACCCUUAGCGAGUUCCCUCUUGGCACAUGCGGGGAGAAAGAUCCUGAAAACCCAUCAUGUGCAAAACUUACUCUUACUGGAAAGUUGAAGGUGGUUGACCUUCAGUCACCUGAAGCGGAUUCAGCCAAAACAGCACUUUUUAGCAAACAUCCUGAAAUGGAGGGUUGGCCAAAGAACCACAACUUUGGGAUCUAUAAAUUGGAAAUCGAAAACAUAUUCCUGAUCGAUUGGUUCGGGGGUCCUAAACCUAUAUCCCCUUCAGAGUAUCUUGAAUAUGGAAAGGACCAGGGCUCACUGAUGUUCUUUUGAGUGGUGAAUGCGUCUGAAAUACAUAUCAUUGCCCUGUUUACUUAUGCUUUCUGGAAAGGAACUACUCUCAAUGUACAUACUGAUACUGUAAAGACAUACGAGUUAAAUAAACACGUGAUAUUAUUGAUA